UAUUAGAUGCGCCAGCCCCGCCGGAACGCCAGAACACUGAGGGAAGCCCGAAGAAGACUUCUCUCAAGCUAGCUCCACCUUGGCCUGGCCCUGUCUAGUCUUGCUUGGUAUGGUUUGGUCCGGUCUGGUCUUGCCGUCGAGGAAGAGAACGCUUGCUGCCCGAGACCGUGAUGUGAAGGACAACGGGCUCAAAAAAAAAUUCCCAUCGCUACCAUCUUCCAAUCUCGGAAAGCUUGUCAAUCGUUGGGAUCGGCCCUGCUUCACUGCCACGACAUGCCGCCCGCUACCAACUUUCUUCUUGCGCUGCUGUACCGCCGUCGAUGCCGCAGAUCUGCUUCCAGGGAACGCUUUCUUAAUACGCCCUAUUAAGGCGACUACCUUCCAAGGCCUGCGUUCCAUCGACUUUGGCCAGCUGCAGAGCUGUCUGCCUCGCUGCACACAGCCGGCACUUGACCAUGACCUGCAGCCCGCCGUGGCUCAUCUGCUCCGCCCCGGGGACUGCUGCUGCUGCCCACUAUUGUCGACAUCUCAGGGAUUCCGGGGCCUCACAGCCCCAAAGCCUUGGACCCGCGUGGACGCCGGCAUGCUUCCUGUUGUGGCUUGUCGAUGCAGUAUCCCAUCGAUUGGUUCGGGGGCAUUCCCACGGAUAUGGGGGGGCAUGCACCAGCCGACCCCGGCGCUCACCGACGUACCGGUGUCAGACUGACUGGGCUGGCGCCGCUAGAUGCGGAACAAGUUCACAAUGGCCUGUAUCACGAGUUUUCAAACGGUAGUCACAUGUACGGCAGGGAGCCCCGAUCCAAAAGAAGUGAGAAGGCAGUAAGUAUUAUGCUAUAUAGCUAACCAAGACAUCGACAAUAUGAGUAAGUUCUAC